AUGUUUUAUCCUCAUCCACCAAUUCAUUUUCUUCAAGUAAUGAAUAUAAAAUAUAUUUAUUGUCAAAAACGAACAUUAAGAAUAUGUUUCUAUUAUUUUCUCUAUUUUAUUAUUGUUAUUAUUCUUUUCUCAAUAUUUUAUACAAUUAUUGAUCUUUUGAAUAACUAUGGAAUUAUCCAUGAUUGUACAACAUUAUGUCAUUGGAAAAUGGAACGAACAAAAGAUGAUAUUAUGUUUAUUGAUUUAAGAGCAAACUAUAUCGAAUCGGCACAUAAUUAUCCAGAAUAUGUGUGUCCACAAAAUUUUCGAAAUAUGGCCGAAUGGAUCUAUGGAUGGCCAGAACAAUUUAAAGAAAAAAUUCAUUCAUUAACAAAUGUUGAUCAAGUUGCUCCUUGUUUACCAGACGGUAGUAUAAUUUAUGUUCGUGUAUGGGUUAUUGAUGAAUUUUUUGAUAAAAUAUAUCCAAAACUGAUAAAUAAAUUUGUUUUAAUUACGGGUGAAGGAGAUUUGUCUGUACCAAAAUCAAAACAUUUAAAAUAUAUUCAAAAUAAUGAUUCAAAAAUAAUUCAUUGGUUUGGACAAAAUGGAAUGAUAUUGUCGGAUCCAAAUAUUCGAUUUACACACAUUCCAAUUGGAAUAAAUUGUUACGAAAUGGCCAAUGGUAUUCAAGAAUUAUACAAUCAAAUUCAAGCAAAUUCAAUCUCAAAAAUGUUUGAAUCUACUUCAUCUGUCAGUAAUGAUAUCGAUGAACCACUAUCCUAUGUCUUACCUUUUGAUGUAAGCUUAAAAAAUGAACGAAAAAUGGUUAAAAAACUUGUUUUACUUAAUUUUGAUGUUAAUACUGAUCAAACUGGUCUACGCAAAAAAAUAUGGAGCAUUGUUUGUAAUCAAAAAAUUUCUAAUAAUUGGCUAAAUUUUUCAACUUGUAUUAAUAAAGGUUCAGGUGUACAGAUAACUCAAAUACCACAAAUCUAUAAACGUAAUCGACAGUAUCCUUUGUGGUUAUCACCACGAGGAAAUGGUUUAGAUUGUCAUCGAACAUGGGAAGCACUCUAUUUGGAUAUUAUACCUAUAGUCAUGAAUUCGACCUUAAUUAGUCUCUAUCAGGAUUUACCAAUUAUUAUUAUUGAUGAUUGGACAAUAGUUACAGAACAAUUUUUGACCGAUAAACUAUCAACUAUAAUCGCUAAUAAAAAACGAACAAAUAUAUAUAAAUGGGAAAAAUUACGUAAUGCAUAUUGGCGUCGUUUAAUAUUUAGUUAUUCUCGACAUCGAUUUGAAGAUAAUUCAAAAACAAAUAUAUGUUGGCAUAUAAAAAAAAAAUGGUUCGUUUUCUAA